GAUGUGAUCUUGCUCCACCAACUGCGGGGUCUCAUGCAUUGCGAGUCUUUUGGGCGGCUUCUGGUCCCUGUUUUUGAUGUGGCUUGCCAGGCGCGAGAGAGGGGGGUACAUAGUAUAAGAAGGGGUGAGGUUCGGUGGGUCGAAUGUCGACAAAACUCCAAUCCCUUGAUCCCAGCACACCAACACUUCCAAGUAUCAUUUUUACUUGACAUUCAAGUCCAAUAUGUCUUACAACAACGACCGUGAUAACUCCUACGGCGAGGACCGCAGCUCAGGCUACGGUAAUCGCGACCGCGACGACGACAACUCGUCAAGCCGCAAUGAUAACUCGUACUCCAACAAGCAAUCUGGGAGCUACGGAGAUGACGACAAUUCGUCCUCCAACAACAAGUCCAGCUACGGCAACAAUGACAGCACAUACUCCAGCGGUGUAGGCCGCAGCAACGAUGACAAUGACUCGUAUGGCCGCCAGAGGAAGGAGUCCGGCUUCGGCGUCGACAACAACGACACCCUGGAUUCGAGCGACAACAAGAGGUCGGGAUACGGUGACAGUGCCGAAAAGCUGAAGCAGUUCGGCAGCCAUGAUGAUGGCGACUCGUAUGGAUCCAGCAAGAAAUCUGGGUAUGGCAAUGAUUCGAAUGAGGACUCUUAUGGCUCGAAGAAGUCGAGCUACGGAAGCAAUGAUAACGAGGAUUCAUAUGGCUCCAAGAAGUCAAGCUCCAACGACGAUGAGGAUUCCUAUGGCUCCAAGAAAUCCAGCUACGGAAGCAACGACAAUGAGGACUCGUACGGCUCGAAGAAGUCGAGCUACGGAAGCAACGACAACGAGGACUCCUAUGGAUCCAAGAAAUCGAGCUACGGCAAUGACUCGACCGAAGAUUCUUACGGAUCCAAAAAGUCGAGUUACGGCAGCAACGACAACGAGGACUCAUACGGCUCCAAGAAGUCCAGCUCCAACGACAACGAUGACUCGUACGGCUCAAAGAAGUCGAGCUACGGAAGCAACGAUAACGAAGACUCGUAUGGCUCAAAGAAAUCCAGCUAUGGUAACAAUGACAACGAGGAUUCAUAUGGUUCCAAGAAGUCCAGCUAUGGAAGCAACGACAACGACAACGAGGAUUCCUACGGCUCCAAAAAGUCGAGCUACGGCAGCAACGACAACGAGAACUCAUACGGCUCCAGCAGGAACGACCGCGAGGAGUCCAACUACGGCAGCUCGAGGCGCGACAACGACUACUAGAGGCUGUUGACUAUUAGCAUCGGAGGCUGUGAAUGUGUGUAGGACGAGUGUUCAAGGGACAUGGCGAGUAUAUAGCUGCCGUUUUGACUGAAUAUCAGGAUAUG